AGCAGAUACUGAACCCUUUCGCUCUCCGUAGGAUCUGCUCGGGGAAGCUGAUUUUACUAUAUUUUUACAAAAUGCAAGUGCAAAUAUUUAAUAAAGGUAAACUACAUCCAGACUAUAUCACCGUAAACGUUUUGAUUCAUCUACAUAAACUCAUUUUGGGAGGUCGCGUUUUCUUCAUUAUAAAUUGUACCAAAUCCCACCCCUGUAUUUCUGGAAUGGUACAGUCCAGAACUUGAAUCAUUUUGCGGGAAGCUGCUUCUAUCCAAUUCGAGCUACGGAGUUUUCAAAACAAACGUGUUUGCUACUUGUUCCAAAUGAGUGCCAAAAAGGGCAGAAGAGCCAAAGUGCUCACGGUGCCACAACAGCAGAGUCAGAAAGGUUCAUCUAAUGAUCAGACGGAUUCUCCCAACCUGUCCUCUAUAGACAAAGCUAGCUUCCUCGAGGGACUGCAGCCGAAUUAUGGUAACCCUCUGCACAGCACGGCCGUGGAGGAAGAUCUGAACGUCCCAGAGGAGGAUCAGAGGAGCGGAGGCAAAGCCGGGAGGAAGGAAGUUCCUCAGACGGCGAAGACCGCUGUAAAACAGCGCGGAGCUGCCGUGAAGAGGAAGGAGACGGAGAGGGAUGGAGAGAAUGAGGAGGAAGAGGAGAAGAGAAAGAGGAGCAGGAGAAGUACUGGAGGGACGAGGCCGGUGGAAAAUCAGCAGACCAAGAAAGGCAAGAAGAGGGAGAGUGAAACAGGAAGUGGAAAGUCCAGUGACGCUGCGCCACAGGAGAAAGCUGACCCUGCCUAUAAGAGAGUGCUGUCCUCUGAGGAGGAGGAGCGGGGGGAUGAUGAUGGGAGUUGGAUCCCAAGUCCAAAGAAGGCCAAGGUUUUAAGUUUGGGCAGAGACAGGAAGUCUGAUAAGUCCAAAUCUAGAACUUCUUCUUCAGGCAGUGCAUCUGCAGGACCAGAGAAGGCCACCAGAGACCAGCAGAGGAGGAAAAGACGUGGUGCGGGAGGGACAGAGACAGAGGUGGUGCUGGAGGCCUUCCUGGACUUCUGUGACCAGUACAGAGAGUCUGUGGAGUCUAAAGCAGUCAAACAGGCUGUUGAUUCUUUCUCCUCCAAUGUGGAAGAGCAACUGUUGGAAAAGAUCUCGUCUUUAAAGGAGUUCAAGAUUCUAAAGAGAGAAAAUGCCAAGGUGGCGUCUUCGAUCCGCACGAAGACACAGAGACUGCUGGAAGCCAAGCAUGAGCUGAUGAGGGCAGAGAGGCAGGCGUGGUUGCUUGAAAAGGAGAAAGCUGAACUUGAAGUCCGGUUGGCCGAUCUGAGACGAGGCCGCGCCUUUCUGCAUGACAUCGGAGAGCUCAACAGACAAUACCUGGACUACCGACGCAAACGCCCCAAAGAAAAGGAAAUGUACGGGGCGUCCAGCUUGCCUGCUCUGCUGUUGGAGACCAAGCAUAUUCAGGGAGCAGAGCAUCAGCUGGGAGUAACCAACUACUGUCUCAAGAAACAGCUGAGGAAGAACAAGACUCGGAAAUAGUACGCCAUGCCAUACCCACACCGAAUGUACACCGGUUAAAGACUCAAAGACGGCCGUUUCAAAGCCUAGUACAGAAAACGCCUUCACAUUUUGGAUUAUGUGUUGUGGUUCAGAUGUCAUUAUGUAUAUAGCCUAAAUCCUGCCCAUCCUGGAUCAUUGCUAGAUUAAUAAAAACAAUACUGUAAGUAUAAAUAAAUGCAAAAUAAACCAUUUUUCUUUAUGGUGUUUUUUCUUCACAAAAUAAUGUAAGAAGUUCUAUUUCUGGGUGAUUUUGAAUGUGUGUAGUCAAAUUGGUUUCCCUUGUAUAUGAGUUCUGUAAUUUUCUCUGAUAGCUGCAUUAAAUGUGUAUCAAAUACUGUAGUUUCAGUUUCUCUAAAUACGUUUAACGCG